UGAGUGCCGCGCCGGGUCCGCCUGAUGGUGCUGCCGCGGGUACUCUGGGGCUCCGUCACCCUCAUCCUCCUGCUGCUGCCCGCGGCCGAGACCAUCUGUCCCGAGCCAUGCGAUUGCCAGCAGCACCAGCACCUCCUCUGCACCAACCGGGGCCUGCGCUCCGUGCCCAAGGCUGCCGAGCCGAAGGAUAUCCUCACCUACAGCCUCGGGGGCAACUUCAUUGUCAACAUCUCUGCCUUCGACUUCCACCGCCUGGCAGGGCUCCAGCGCCUGGACCUGCAAUACAACCGGAUCCGCUCACUGCACCCCAAGGCCUUUGAGCGCCUGGACCGGCUGGAGGAGCUUUAUCUGGGCAACAACCUGCUGCCUGCGCUGGCCCCUGGCACACUCAGCACCUUGGCCAAGCUGCGCAUCCUCUACGUGAAUGCCAACGAGAUCGGCCGCCUCAGCGCUGCCUCCUUUUCCGGCCUCAGCAGUCUUGUCAAGCUGCGACUGGAUGGCAAUGAGUUGGGCUCGCUAGGCGACUCUACUUUCUCAGGGCUGCCAAACUUACUCUACCUGCACCUGGAGUCCAACCGCAUCCGCUGGCUGAGCCGUGGUGCCUUCACUGGACUGGCCAAGUUGCGCUUUCUCGACCUCUCGGGGAACCAGCAGAGCUCCCUUCGCCACCCAGACAUCUUUGGACCGCUGCGCUCCCUCCACACCCUGCUGCUGGCCAGCAACAGCCUACGGCAGCUGACAGGAGGGCUCUUCCAGUACCUGCCUGGCUUGGCGAAGCUCUCACUCAGUGGCAACCGACUAUCUCACCUGGCCCCGGAUGCCUUCACAGGGCUGGGCUCACUGAAGGAGCUGCGCCUGGAGGGGAACCUGCUAAGCCACCUGCCUGUUUCCCUGCUGGAGCCUCUAGGCAACCUAGAGGCACUGGAUCUGAGCCGCAAUGCACUGACCACCCUUCAUCCAGCUGCCUUCAGCCACCUUGGUCGCUUGCGGGAGCUCAGCCUUCGGGACAAUGCGCUGGCGACGCUCCCUGGUGAGCUCUUUGCCUCCAGCCUGGCCCUCUACCGCCUGGAGCUGGAGGGGAAUGCCUGGAGCUGUGACUGCCGCCUUCGCAGCCUCAAGCACUGGCUGGCGCCUGGCACUUCCCAGGGCCGCCUGUCACGUCUUCGUGCAGUGCCCCUGCCGUCCACCUGGCUGGCAAAGUACCUUGACUACCUGCAGGAGCAGCUGCUGCCACCACAGGAUGGUUGGCUCUGCCCCGAUGGCGACUCUCCCUCCCUCACUCCUGAGGGGCUCGGCGGCAACAGCAGCGCUGUGGGACUGCCCCCAGGGCCACCGCCAGCCGCCUCCACUGCCCGCCUAAUGGGCGCACCCAUUGCUGCCAGCCCCACGCCGCCACCACUGCCCAGCGCGGCGUGGCCCCGUCGGGCCAGUGCUGCUGGGAUCCCGCCGCUGGUGUCCGACCCAUGCGACUUCAACAAGCUGUUCCUCCACAACCUGUCGGUGGAGGCCGUUGGCUCCAGCUGGGUGACAGUGCGCUGGGCCGUGCGGCCACACCGCAGCCCCCGCCUGCUUGGGCCGGCACGAUUCCGUCUCCUCUUUGACCGCUUCGGCGCCGCUGUCAAGUUCCAGCGCUUUGUGUACCUGCCAGAGCAGGGGGAGCCGGCGGCCACACUGCAGGAGCUCCACCCGGACACCCCCUACCUGGUGGUCGAGGGCAUCCCUGGUGGCCGCGUGUGCCCGGUGGCACCGACGCGGAUCCACUGCGCGCGGCUGGUCACCCUGCCGAGGGCGGCUCCGCGCGGCGGCAGGCUGGGCCCCGCGGCUUGA